AUGGUUAUUUUUAUGGUGGUUAUGGAGAACAAGAGCCCCAGACAGUGCUUGAAGGAAGGCCACUGCAGAAGUCUGCAAAUGACGUUCUUUGCGUGCAAAAGGUCCAUUCUGGAUACCAGAGCAAGGUUCCGAGGAAGGAAGGGCUACUGAAGCGCUCGCCCAGAGAGCCAGCCCCGGGACCUCGGUGUUUGCCAGCGCUUUAAGCCAAGCAGAGGCUAGAAGUAAGAAGGUGCAUCUGCUGCCUCCCUGCACRUGGUGUUUUCAUGGAAGGCAUCAGCGUCGAAGGAUUCUCAUGGAUGGACCUGGAUGUGUGUUUUAGAUCUUAAAAAGAAAGAUGCAAAACUUAACUUUUGGCCAAAAUAGGUACCUUUCAUGCACUUGUAAUAAAAUACAUAAACGGAA